AUGCCCGCCGUAUCUCUCUUGGUCAGCUUGCUGGACAGUUUUCGGGAUUUAUUGGCGAGUAAUGUAAAUCAGCUUAUUAAGCUUUUAAAAACAUCUUGCGGAGAUGAGGGGUGUUGUAAUGAAGCUGUGAGUUUCCGUGAUGUACAUCUUAAAAAUCUUCAAGAGACAUUUGAAAAAUAUGAUGAAAUUGCAACAAAAAUUGAUGGCCUUAAAAAGCAAAAAGAUGAAAAAAGUAAGGCGUCUGUAGGGACGCCGUCCGUCAGUGGUCGUGAGAUUAAGGAGCUUGAAGAGCAAAUUCAGCAAAAUGAAGAGAAGCUUCAAAAACAAAAUGAGCUUGUUGAUCAGCAAAUUACUGCGCUUAAAAAUGCUUUAAUUGAGCUUAAAAAUCAAAUUGAUGAUUACAUUCAGAACCGUAAUAAAGAAAUUACUGAGCUCCAAAGGAAAAUUGAAGCGUAUAAAAAUGAGGAACAGCGUAAAAACCCUGGUAAAAAUAUCUCCAUUCCCUCCCAUCUUUCUAGUCAGCUUGCAACUGAGCAGGCUAAAUUGAAGUCUCAUGAGGCUUCGUUGGAGUCUCUUAAAAGCCUUGAAAAGCUUAUGAAAUUUCAUGAGGAAGUUAAAAAAAUUCCCGAAGGCAAUAAAAAUUGUAAAGAUAUUUUAGAUAAAUUGUGUACAGGUCUCCAAACAUUUUUAGGUUACAACUCUGAUUCCAAAGGCUACGACGGCACUGGCAUCGUGUACUCGGACCUUGACAGGCUCUGCGACGGGGUGAUGUCUUUCCUUCAUGGUGUUCUUGAGAGUGUGAAAAAUGAUGAUAACGUUAGAACAUACUAUGAAAUGUCACCUACGUGCAUGGAAAACAUAGAAAAGCAGUUAAAUACUGGUCAACAUGGCUUGUGGAAAGCGGUCGAGGCCUUCAAGGCAUGGCAUAUGUAUUAUGAGAAAGCGUUGAAUGAGAAGAUUGGCGCAGUUAAAACACCUUUAGAUGGUGUUAAGAGGCAAAUAGAAGCUGACAAAAAUAAAAUAGAGCAGGAAAAAGAUUCUGCAAUUUCCGACCAAAUUAACUCCUGGGCCCUCCGUGCUCAGGGAUACAUUGACAAGGUAAAAGAGGCCGAUAAGGCCAGAGAAAAAUUGGAUCCAUUACUAUCCGGUAAAAUAAAUAUAAAUGUUUCAUUGUUGUUGCAGGCGACAAAUACGUUCAAGGAGGCGGCAGAGAGUAGGGACUUGGAAGAACUUCAUAGAGAAUCCUUCAACGUUAUGCAGGGCGUAACGGACCACGUUAAUGAGAAAUUUAAUGCAGGCGUUAAACGGCUUCAGGAGUAUUUGAAAGAUAAGAUUGGCAAGUUGCGUGAUAAACUAAACAAGUUGCAAAAUGAACAAUUUUCUAGAUUACAAGAGUCUGUCACUAGUGGGCUUGAGCCGGCGUUCAGGAAGGUGGAAGGAGAGAUUCGGGCGCUCGUGGAGAGGUAUGGAGAGCACGUUGUUGGUAAGUUGAAAAAUAUUGUGGAUUUCUCAAAUCCUUUUUAUACGAGAUUCGGCGCAACACAACGUGCGCUCAAAUCGGCGAUGAAUCAGGUUGAGGCGGAUAUAGGGAGGCUUGCGCAGCUUAAUACAUUUGACCAUAUUAUGGAUGGUCAAAGCAAAAUCGUUGCGCCUUUACUUCAGAAAAUUGCGAGUAAAGAUGCGUUCGCCGAACUCAGUGAAUAUUUCAUCUUGCUUGAAUCUCUAGUCAUGGACAAAGUCAACGAUGCGAUGGAGGGGAUAGGCUCAUGGUUAGAGAUGCUUUUUCAGUACGGUAGCGGUGAAUAUAUCCAUAUUGCUUUACAUGACCCAAAAGACUCUCUGCAUUCUCUUAAGACAAUUCUAGAGAACUCAAGCACAAUUGCUUUAGAGGUUCCUGAUGAGUUGAAAGACUAUCUCGUAGAUGUUGAGUUCAAAAAUCCGAAGCCUAAUGUUCGCGGGAUUUCAAACACGAUUGAAGAGGUGUUAACAAAAAUUGGAAAGAGGUCUUCAUUUAAGAAAGGGGAGCUCAUAACUACUAUCAAAUCGCUUCUUUCCGAUCUCGCCAAAAUUGCCGCUGCACUCUCUUCGCAUUCCAAGGAUGUCAUCGAGGACGUCAUGGAUGCUAUUGAAAAGCAAGUCACGAAAGAGAUUCAAGGAAUAGCAGGGGCUAUAUUCAAGCAAAUUUCGAUGAUCCAUAACGGUAUAAAGCAAUCAAAUGAGUCGAGUGUUAGCAUCACCGCGAACGGCCUCAAAUUGGAUAUUACCGGUCUCGAGUGGCUGGUCACUGAGUUUCAAGAUAAAAUUAAUCAGGAACUUGGAACCCUUCAAAAGAGCGUCGGUAAAGAUGCGGCAGAUGGUCAGGACUGUGUGUACAAUGAUUUAAUGCAACUAAAAAAGCAUAUCGACACGCUUGGUGAAAAUAUGGGCAUAGUUAAGGAUAACGUCCUUUCCGUUGGAACCGAGGUGGAGGCAUGCAUAAGGUUAAGCAACGAUAUGCUCAUAAAACUUCCUAGAUGGACGGAAGUACUUAUGGAUGAAGUGCUAAGAGAUAUCAGCAGGGAAAUCACUAGGGGGUUCCAAGAAGUCCACGCCAAGGCAAAAACCUUGUACGCUCAGAGGAAGGAAAGAGAAAUUCAGGCAUUGCAGCAAAUUGUCACCGCGCAAUUUAGAGAUGUAGAAAAAACAAUUGAGGAGGAUAAAAAGAAUGGUGUCAAAGGAUGUUUAUCAAAAAUAAAGUCUCUUUUAGUCCCACAAAUCCAAACCAUGAAUGGUGUCCUGACUGCAUCCGAAGAUACUAUCGGUCAUGCUCAUAAGCAGGUAAAAUCCCAACUCACCCAGGCGGCAGAAUUUUUGAAGAAAGGCUUUGCAGAAGUUUUGGAAUUUCUGACAUUUCAAGAAGAAACUAAGGAAUACGAUGAAGAUGUAAAUCAGGUCUCCACUUCUCUGGACACUCUCCUCGGCCAAAUCAUAUCUUCUCACCACUUUGAUGAUCAUGUCUCUUCAAAGCUCUACGACUUUACAAAUUCGUUAACCAUAUUCACCCCUGAUAUAUACAAGGACGCCGCGAAAGAUGUGUUGACUCCCAUAAAGAAAGGCUUCAACGCUUUCGCCGGGGAAAUGGAAAAGGCGUACGUGUCUUACUACUCUGGGCGUCAUAUAAAGUGGAAUAGCGCCGGUGAGGCUGAGAGAAAUAAAUAUGCCGAAAUAUGCGUGACCAUAAUGCGCAUCCUCUACACAGAUUUAUCCAGGCUCAAAGAAGAGCUUGAAAAAUCAGAUACCAAAUGGACAACCUAUAAUAUUUAUAAUCAUAAGAAUUCCAGCUCCAGUCUCUAUAAAUUAUUCUUCCGCGACAGCGGUUACGAUCCUUCUCUUCCAGGAAACACAGCACACGGCGAGUUGAACCACAAGCCAGUGUUCACUGGCACACAGAUUAAAGGUCUACUCGACCAUGUAUUACCGGGAGCAUCCCAACUCAACAUAACUAUUAAGAACAAACAGCAGAGUAAUGUUAAUGUUUUAGAUAUUAUUCAAUACCUAAUCCAUCACACAGAUAAGUACUACGAUGCCUGCCACCUUAGACUUCCAUCCUCUACGAAAUAUCCAUGUUCCAUUAGAGACAUCCUGUCGUGGUUUUCCGGUCUGCCGCAUACGGCGGUGUAUGGCAAAGUUUUUAACCAUUUCCACCAGUUGCUUAAAAAAGAUGCGUCAUACCAAAACGACCCGGUGCUCAAGCCUCUCCUCGAUCUUGACCUGUUUACUUAUCUAGUUUACACCUGCAGAAAAUCGCACGAUGUCCUCGCUGCCAUACAAGGUCAUGGCAACGGCGCUCCUAAUGCCGACUAUCCCUACGCGUCAAAUUUCUGCGACAACUCACGUAGCUUAUACUACCCGUCGGACGUAUCCUCCCUAUUAGAUAUGCUCUACGAUGUCGUCAAACGUCUAUGUUACGCGCUAUAUUUCCUGUACACCAAGUGCAUAAAUGGCGCCUCUGCUUCCAAUGGAUGGAGUGGCUGUGCAUACGGCCAAGCUAUCCCAUCACCAAGGUGGCAAUGUAAGGGCCACCCAAACACCAGACCUAGCGACCAACCAACUGACCAACCAAAUUGCCAACCAACGUCGCCAUUACAAGGUUAUCUAACAGACACUUUACCCGGUUGGCUACCACAUAGGUUGACAUCCGUCGGUUGUUCAUCUAAAUGCGCCACCUGUACCAAUGCCUCCCGUGGUCAACAAUGUAUAACACCUAUGGGCUUCUGGGACUUGUAUGAUGCGGGGUCUAUUGUCGGAAGUGGUAAAGAUAUAUGUAAGCUGCUUGCCGACUUGUGCGCUGAUGCCGAUGCAGUCCUCUUCAAACUCUACAGAGGUCUGUCACUCCUGUCUCCAUCGCCACCUAAAACAUUGGGGGACAUGAUGUCAUUCUUUAGUCAUUCGUUAAGAACUUGGGCAUCCGGAAGAUUUAUGAGCAACAAUGAUUUUAUUUAUGAGAUGAACCAAAAAACCAUCCCGAACAGCUUCCCGCUGCAGUUAACGCUGCAUGGCAGUCCUGAAGCAUCUCAACUCACCGAUGCUCUCCGAGAUUUAUAUUAUUAUAAGGAUGGGCACAACGGUAAAGCUGCAAAGGAUGACACGCACUGCGACCUUUCAAGCCUUGUGGCCUCAUCCACCUUAUGCCUAGGCCGUUUGUGUAUACCGUAUCUGCAACCGCUCAGUCACGACGGCAAUCAUACCUAUGCACUGAAGCACGCAGGUCUAUACUUGUCCUGGGCGCUUUAUUUGGUGUUCGACUUCCAUGAAUUGCUCAAAUCACUAUUUGACGCAUUCUGCAGUAUUGAUUGCAAAUCGUCAGGUUGCUCAUCAUGUAACUGCUUAAGUGGCAAGCAUGGAGUGAGCGAACCAAAGUCGGAACCAAAGACCCAGGCAAUUGGCAAACCAAAUGUCCAAGCAACGUCCAAACCAAACAUCCAACCAAAAUCAGGAUGUCACUGCCAGUCUAUGGUUCAGUGCAGUGGUGUCCAACCAACGCUCUUCAGAUAUGGUUUCACGUUCGGCAAUCCAGAGAAAUUGAUGAAUGGUUCAAGCAGGAAAACGUGCGACAGUUUUUGUGAUCAGUUGAAAAAAGUAAUAGAGUCAGAUCAUUUCAGGAAAUUAUUUGAGGUCAUCGACAACUUUAUAUGCGCCAUCAGAUUCCCCUUCAUGUCGUUAUUGCUAGCCCUCUGGUCGCUGUCGCUCCUGUACCUGCUGCACAUCACCGUCGUCCGCCUCGACGUCCUGAGGAUACGCUCCCACCUGAGAUCACCCGCAAGCCACCGCAUCGCCGCGCAGUCCCUCCUCGCCGCCGCACGCGUCAAGGCACUCGGCAACAUCAAGUACUUCUCACCAUAA